UCAACCAACAAAAAUGCUGGCAAGGAUGUGGCUGAAAGGGUACCCUAAUCCAUUAUUUGCGAAAAUGUAACUUGGUGCAGCCACUGUUGAAGACACAUACCUCAGAAAUCUGAAUAUAUACCUACCAUAUGGCCCAGCCAUCCCACUCCUGGGAGUUUAUCCAAAGGAAAAGGAAUUCAGAACAUGAAAGAGUUAUCUGCACUCCAAUGUUCACUGCGGCUCAAUGCACAAUGGCUAAGAUAUAGACUCAACCCAGAUGUCCAUCAACUGCUAACUGGACAAAGAAAUUCUGGUGUAUUUACACUGUGGAAUACUACUCAGCUUUAAAAAAAAACCCUGUACUUUGCAACAGGUCUAUGACUUCCCAGUGGUGGGCUCUGGCUGGCCCAGGCCUCCCUCAGGGAGCUGAUGGGUGAUACUGGCAUAACCGUGUGCAGGUGUGCACACGGCAUCUGUCCCGGGAAGGAGGGACGGGGGACGGGGAGGGAGGGUGGCAGUCAGCAGCCCACAGAACCUUAGGGGAGGUCAGCUAAGUGGACUUCAAGAAGUGACCUCACUUCCUUGACGAUGGCCACAACAGAACCUGGAACCCCGGUUACCAGGCACCCACAAUGUGGUGCUGGUGACCCAGCCAGUUCAGUUGGUCAGAGGCCAUCGAGCAGACAUGUUCUCGUGUUGUCUCCCAACAUCCCAAGGCCCAGGGCAGGGCCAGCCCCAGGCUGCGGAUAUUCUCCAGAGCUACAGACAUUGGGUCAGCCCUCGCCCACAGCAGCUCUGGCAAUUCUCUCAGAGGGAAACCAAGAAUGACAGUGACAUUGCCACACCCCUGGAGGACACCAGCAGAGUGGGGACCAUGGUGGCAGGCAGGCUGGAGGGGGAGCCCUCGCCAAGAGCAGCUGAUUCAGCUCCAGUGGAGCCGGCCCCAGCCGAGAUGGCAGCAGCUAAGAUGGGGCCAGGACCAAUCCUGGAACCUGAGGAACCAGCAACAGUGGAACCUGUGCCAUCCCCGUCACCUGCCAGCAGCGUGGGGACCCAGGAGGCAGGCAAGGUGGAGAAGCUGGUGAGUCAGCUGGUGCCUGCCCAGCAGAGAGGGGACCGCUUCAUCGUCCCUGCAUUCCUGCUCAUCUAUCACAAGUUCACCACCACCCAGCAGGUGCUGCAUCUGCUGUUCCAAAGGUAUGCAUCCUUUCAGCCUCACUGCGAAGAGGACGACCGCACUAAGGAUGCCCUGUGCUCCCUCCUGGGAACCUGGCUGGACCGUUAUCCCGAGCACUUCUGUCAGCCUCAGGACCUGACCUGUCUGCAUCAGCUGCUGGCCUACGUCCAGCUCCAUAUGCCCUUCUCGGACCUGGCACUCCGUGCCCAACGGCUCCUGACCCAGCUGGAGGACCCCGAGCCCAAGGAGGCUGAGGCUGAGCCCAAAGAUAUAGCGCCAACCACAGCAGCAGCACCCCAACCAGAGUCGGCUGAACCACCGCUGCCCCGGGCAGUCCAUCUUUCAGCUGCAGAGGCGCUGGAGGCCCCUGAGGGUCCAGCAGCUGAACCAAGGGCAGGACCCCACCAGGAACAAGACGUGGGAACGGUGCCCUCCUUGUCGGCUGCCAGCAGGGUCGGGACCCUGGACACAGGCAUGGUGGAGAAGCUGGUGAAUCAGCUGGUGCCUGCCCAGCAGAGAGGGGACCCCUUCUUCGUCCCCACAUUCCUGAACAUCUAUCAAAGGUUCACCACCACCCAACAGGUGCUGCACCUGCUGUUCCAAAGGUAUGCAUCCUUUCAGCCUCACUGCGAAGAGGACGACCGCACUAAGGAGGCUGAGGUCCAUGACGUUGCCUACAGCAGGGAACAGAAUUGUCUGGGUUCCUGGGCAUCUGGGGAACGUGCCCUCUGCUCCUUCCUCGGUACCUGGCGGGACCGCUACCCGGAGCACUUCUGUCAGCCUCAGGACCUGGCCAGCCUGAAUCAGCUGCUGGCCUACGUCCAGCUCCAGAUGCCCAGCUCAGACCUGGCAUGCCGAGCCCAGCUGCUCCUGAUGCAGCUGGAGGAUCCAGAGCCCCAGGAGGCUGAGGCUGAAGCGGAGCCCGAGGCUCCAGCACCAGGAGGAGACCUGGAGGCGCCUCUCCCAGCGGCUGCUGCACUUCUGGGGUCAGAUUUGGUGGCAACCCCGGCAUCUGCUCCCCAGCCAGAGCCACCUGAAGCCUGUCUGUCCCUGGCAACUGUGCCAGCUGUGGAGGCCCUGGAGCCCCCUGCAUCUCCAGAAGCCAAACCAGAGCCAGAGCAUCCCCAGCCCUGGUUCACGAAGCGGCGCUGGCCCUGGGGCCGCCGGCGUGGGCAGCGCACAAUCUCCAAUCAGGACCGUCCCCACCGUCGUUCACCCAGCUGGGUGCGCACCCUUCUAAGCUGUUUCCCCAUCCGCUCAUCGGGGCCCCGCUCUGGCCCCAGCCACGAGUGAAACAUCUGUGGUGGCAGGAAACCUGGCUCUGCACAGCUCAGCUCCUGGGUCCUCCCAGGGCCACCUCCAGUCAGAGCCAUUGUUCCCCUCACCAUCAGUUUACUUAUAGCUCCCUCUCCUGCUCUCUCAGACAGUUUAUUUAAGUCCCCCUCUGUAUGUAGUCCAAUAUAGCUCUCUUCAUGCUCCUGUGUGGAUGCCAGUGCAUUGAGUCCCCACCUGUGCUGUGCAGCCACCUUCUCCCUGCUGCACAAGGGAGCCCCACGCUGAGCACACGGGGACCUGGGGGGCACCCGCCGCUGUCCUGGGGCAGGGAGGAGGAAGCCCCUGUGUGUC